GUCCGAUCGGCGCCGGCCACUGUCUCAAAAGUCGAAAGGCGAUCAGCGUAUGCGUCUGAAGUUCUGUGCUGUCAUGUUUCACAGGAAAUCCUAUACCUAUUAUACCUAGGACAGGUACCCUCUAAUGCAACCAUCUGGCCACUGAAGCAUAGUGGAGACGUUGGUUGCAUGCAUGUUUUGAGGGGUCAGGGACCAGGGCAUUGUUUUCUCAACAGGAUUGAGGUUUUGGCGUUCAUCAAGCGUUCAGCUGCCCUUAGCUGGGGGGAUUUGCCAAGCAAUCCGCUUAAAGCUGUUGGAAGCCUUUAGAAGCGGCGUCAGCAAUGAUCGUUUAUAAUCUAAAAGCUGGCCCCAAUGAAUAGUCUUGUCCAUUGGAAAUAUUCAAAAGUUAAAGCUGAGUUUUGACAAUCAUCUUACAGGGUAGUCGUCUUCAGUCUCCUAUUACUAGGUUCCCUGAUGGGCCACAUUUGACCAGGAAACAUUGACAGUUCGCCAGACGCAGCCUUGAAUUCUGCGAUGUGCGGAAUGUCUCGCAGAAAAUAGACAAUGAAGCACCUUGUGGGGGCAGAGAUUGGUGAUGCUUGCGCGGCCUGCACAGCGCUGCCUUUCAUUGGGGGGUGAUCAGCGAAGCAUGAUCACAAUAGGGGUGUUGUCAAUGAGCGCAAUUGCAUCUCAAAACAAAGUUGAGCAGCCUUUGAUUGAGGGGCUCCUGAGCAGGCACCCAAACAGGCUGGACAACCUGGUGGCUAAGGCGUUCCGCUGCCUUUAGACAGCACGCAACCUGGCAUCGUCAGUGAAACGGCAGGAGACUGCAGGCAUUGCCAUCAGCUGUAAAGUGUGUGAUCAGCGCGGGCACUUUUGGCACCAAUGAAGCCCCACAUGCCUGUGUCACUUGACGCUUCGGUGGACUGUGACAUGCCAAGCUGUCUCAUUGGAAGGGAGGAGAACGAACCAGCUGAGCCAGGAGAGGGUUUGGAGAGAGAGGGUAGCGGGUCAAGCUCCUCCAUGGACGGGUCCCAAAGAUCCAAAGAAGAUGCCAGAGCCAGAAUCAACGAUGAGCAUCAGGCGCUGGAAGGAGAUACCGUCUGCAACAGCGAACAGAACCCAGGCCGACCAAGAUCCCGAGCGAAUUGGUCCAAGGAAGAGGACGUCGUCCUGCGCGCGUUUGUGGCGAAGGAGGGCAUGGACCGCUGGGCGUCCGCGGGGCGGGUGCUCGGAAAGCGCACCGGGAAGCAGUGCCGCAACCGCUGGUACAACGUGCUGGAUCCAAAUCUGACCGACUCCGACUGGACGGAGGAAGAAGAACAGCGCCUGGUGGCCCUACACCGGGAGAUUGGCAGCAGGUGGGCCAUGCUCGCGCGCCACAUGCCGGGCCGCAGCGAGAACGCCAUCAAGAACCACUGGCACUGCACCGCUCGCUGCAAGGACCUCCGCAAUGUGAAAAGGGCCCGCAACGGCAUCCUCCGCAACUAUAUCGCCCAGUAUUCGGGCGACUCGUCUCCAACCGAAGCGCACCCCUCCAAACCCGAAAUCAUCGGUCCAAACCCCGAGAAGGGCAAGAGGCGGGCCAAGAAGAAGCGCAGGGUUCUCUCCCAAACGGCCAAAAACACUUCGGCGUCGGAUGAUGACGUCAGCGCCGAGGUCAAGCAAGAGGAUGCGGCGUCAGCCGAUUCCGAGGAGGAACCCCUCAGCCAACGGGCGAGGCUCGGGAGGCGGGCCCCCAGCCAUGACGUCAGCAGCAGCGUUCGCGCGCCUAAAUCAGAAGCAAACGGGCACGUCGCUGACGUCAUGGACGGCACAGAAGAAGGGACCCUGCGAAAAAUGGGAGGGGUUUCGGAGACAACGGGUUUUGGCGGCGUCGUUGUGGGGGGUGGCAGGAGCGAAGUGCGCGAGACCUACGCCCCCAGCCCUCCACCCGGACAGCAAAGAGGCUCUCGCUGGCUGCAGGUUUUGGAGCAGCCCUGCUCGGGAAACGAUGACGUCAGCAAUCCGUCAGUCCGCUUCCGGUGUCCGGAUACUCACGCCGACCGCGAGAGAGUUUCCCCCUCGGGGGUGGGGAAAGGCCGGCCGUUGCGAGGUUCUCGUGGGGGUGGAUUCAGCUGGGCUCAGCACCCCCCGAAAGGGGACCAAACCUCGAAAGACCAGGUUUCGGAUGCUGACGUCGCCCCGCCCUGUGCGUUCCUGGCGGAGACGCUGCCUUCGACGGAGCAGUGUUUCUUCACGGCGACCCAGAGUAAAAUGCUGACGAGGGGGGGGUUGACAAAUGAUCUACUUGGAACGGAGGAGAACGACGGAACGGGGGGCAAGAGGAAAGCAGAUCGGUGUGAUUUGGAGGGUAUCUUGAGGAGCUUCGGCCCACCGAAAGUAAUUUACGCCAAGUCGGAGCAAUUGGGGGGGACGGCGCCCUUGAACGGAAUCGGAUGUGAGGGUUACGGAUUGCCGAGUACGCAGAGCGGCUUCUCCGGGGGGGGGGGCGCAGUAAUGACUGGAGCGCUCGUAGCCCACAGCCUAACCCAAAAACUGCCGUUGUUUAACUUUGGGGCCGAAACCGGUUCCGAGCCUAACCUUGACCUAACCUCGUUGGUUAUGGAGCACAUCAACGGUCUGCUGGACCAGCAAGCGGAGAAACUCUCCCUAGUCGAUCCGUCGGUCCCCGAGUCGCCCACAAUCUCCUCCGGGGAAUUGUUCGAGCAACACUCGCAGCUGCGGGCGGCGCUCGAGUUUCUGACGUCACUCAUGGCCCGGGGCAAGCCGGAGGGCGGCCGGGGGAUCCUCCCGGCCCUCCGAACCAAGUCCGCCGCCAGCAACCACUCCCCUAUUGAAACCACCGGGGAAUCGCACUCACAGGGACCCGCUAACCCUUUUCUUCCCGACCAAUCAACUGAAGAGGCACCGUGGGCUUUGAGGUCCUCGGUUGACGACCGGACUGCACUAGAAUUUUUGGAGAAAACUGGUGAUGACGUGGGGGAUGCAACUGGGGGGAUCAUCCAAAAUCUCCCGGCAGCAGGCUCGCUGCCCUCCGGGGACCCGCACGCUUUUCCCAGGCCUUCCGAGUGGCAGCCGUUCUCUCUGCAGGAACACGUGGGGGCCGAACCGGGCGCCACGUGCUGCCCCGGGACGGGCCCGGUUGACAACGGCUUUUUAGGCCCGACCACCCCGGUGACGUCAGACUGGGACGAGCGCCUCCGCGAGCUGACGUGGGCGGAAGGGGGCGCGUUCGGGGGCUUCCAGAGUGGCGCGUGAUCCCUGCUGGCGCUUACUACACUAUAUUUUCGUUGGCUGUGUAACACGACUUGAUGUCAAGAGAGAGUUGGUGCGGUAACAACCGAGGGAGGUGCGCUGCAGUCAAAGGUGCUUAGUGGGUUUUCGGAGUUGUGACUAAAAUUGAAGGGGCUAAAUGCCGGCGCUGUGUGGGCCAGGCAGAGGCUCCGAUUGAGUAGGACUGAUGCCUCGUCAGAUACUCCCGUUUUUCCAGUCAAGUGAAGCCGGCUUCGAAUGUCAUUUUUCGGCCGGAGGGUAUAGCUGCUAGACAAAGCUGGACUUCCAUCAUAACAGAAACUUGAGACUGAUUAACCACAAAACUCUGACCACCCACUUUUUAAGACCGCGCUAACAGAAAUAGCAGAUUUUGAUAGUCAAACGUUAUACUGCUCAAAGACCCAAAACCUACGCCGAUUGGUGGAUUGAAAUAGUCGAUUCUUUUUGCGAACUUAGGGAAUAAACUUGGGCGCCAGUAAUACGGACCGACCCAGAGUAUCGAACUAGAGUAGUCGCCAGGCCAGCUUGCAGCGGCCCUUUUUUCUGCUCGGCGCCUGCUGGCGUCAGCAAAGAAUAAGACUGAUUCUAAUCUUAGCUGUACGUUAACUUACACUUGUACUUUAGCGUAAUCAAAAACCUCGGGCUUCAAGUUGACCAAAAACUUUAGAGGAUCGACGUGUCGCCUAAGAAAACAUAACGGUUUUUAACUUUGUACCUUGGCCGGUCAUAUUUAUCGAACUUCAAGUUUG